AUGCAUCAUCUGCCUGAGCUUGUCCAGUCUUUAGAGAAAACUUCUAACUCUCUCUCUACCCCUGAAGAGCCGCUGGAUACGCGUUUUACGAAUGCAAUCCUCCAUACGGCAGAAAUCACCGACUUAAUUCGCGACACUGACGAGUCUGAACCUUCAACGCUUAAUCCAAUCAUUUCGCUGCCCCCGGAAAUUGAUUUGGCUCUACAAAGUGAGAACCCAGCAGACUACGUUGCUGUUAUUGAACGGUUGCUUGAGAUUUUCCCGGUGGCCGACGGUCAAGCACGCUUACAACAGCUUGUACAGCAGUACAACGCAUCAGUGACUGUUAUAGAGUCUCUCGAACAGCUUUCAGUAGAACUAGAAGGCGAUUUAGAAGCCUUAGAGUCUCGUCCCCCCACACAGGACUCUGCUCGGGACAGUAUACUACAAAGAGAAGCAAAAGAGAUCGAGCAAUUAGAAACGGAAAUCGAGCAAAUAAGAGCACUAGUUGAGGGAUAA